CUGAACCGAGAGACGCGUUCACCGAGCUUCCCACCGAGCUUCCCGUCUCUCGGAAACGACGCAUCUCACCACCUGCGCGCUCGACUUCUCCCCACAGACGGCGAACCGCCUCACCCGCACGCGACCACGAACCGACGGAGAAUGGCGGGCCCUCGAAACCAAACGAAGAUGAAACGACGAAUAGCGCGAGUGCGAUUCGCGCUCAACUCAAAGCCAUGCCGGUGACGGAGCAGCGCGCUGGCGGCGUGUAUAUUCCUCCGGCCAAACUGCGAGCCAUGCAAGCGCAGCUCAGCGACAAGAACUCGGUGGAAUAUCAGCGGAUGGCAUGGGAGGCUUUGAAGAAAUCGAUCAACGGGUUGAUCAACAAAGUCAACGUGUCGAAUAUCAAGUAUAUUGUGCCGGAGUUGUUUGGAGAGAACCUCAUCCGCGGAAAGGGGUUGUUCUGCCGAAGCAUCAUGAAGGCGCAAGCUGCAAGUGUGGUAUUCACGCCCAUCUAUGCAGGGCUUGUGGCCAUUGUGAACACGAAGCUUCCGGAAGUUGGAGAGCUACUGGUACACAGAUUGGUUUCGCAGUUCCGGAAAGGUUUCAAGCGGAACGACAAAUCUGUUUGCCUCUCCAGCUCGACCUUUCUGGCGCACUUGGUCAACCAACAGGUUGUGCACGAAAUAUUGGCGGCGGAGAUUCUAAUGCUACUUCUUCAGAAACCGACCGACGACAGCGUGGAGAUCGCUGUUGGACUCGCUCGAGAAGUUGGACACCACCUGGAGGAGAUGAACUCGCAGAUUGCGCUCAUCGUGUACGAUCGAUUCCGGAAUAUCCUACACGAGGCAGAUAUCGAGAAGAGGACGCAAUACAUGAUAGAGGUGUUAUUCCAGGUCAGGAAGGAUCGAUACAAGGAUAAUCCCGCUGUCAGAGAGGAGCUGGAUUUGGUUGAGGAAGAUGAUCAGAUCACACAUUCGGUGUCGCUGGAUGAACCCAAUUUGGAGACCAAGGAUAUGCUAAACGUGUUCAAAGCGGAUCCAAACUACGAAGCGAAUGAAGAAGAGUAUCAGAAGCUCAAGGCCGUCAUUCUUGGAGAAGGGUCAGACGACGAAGAAGAUGAAGAAGGAUCUGAAGUGAGCUCGGAAGAUGAGGAGGAGGCCGCCAAGGACCGUGAGAUGGAGAUCAAGGAUCAGACAAAUGCAGAUCUCAUCAAUCUGAGGAGGAAGAUCUAUCUGACCAUGAAGUCGAGUGGCGGUUUCGAAGAAUGUUGCCACAAGCUCAUGCGAAUCGAUCUCCCCGCUGGCAUGGAAGAAGAACUCCCCUCGAUGAUCAUCGAAUGCGCCUCUCAAGAACGCACUUACGACAAGUUCUACGGCCUCAUCGGCGAGCGAUUCUGCAAGCUCAACCGCCUCUGGAUGGACCUCUUCGAGAACCAAUUCGUCAAGUACUAUGAUACCAUCCACCGCUACGAAUCCGGGCGCCUGCGCAUUGUCGCGCAAUUUUUUGCUUACCUUCUCGCCUCCGACGCUAUCGGCUGGCAUGUCCUGUCAAUCAUUCAUCUUAAUCAAGAAGAGACCACCGCGUCGUCCCGUAUCUUCAUCAAGAUCCUCUUCGAAGAUUUGGUGCUGGGGAUGGGCGUCAACAAGCUUUCCGAACGGCUCAAGGAUGAGACGCUGCAAGAAAGCCUCGCGGGAAUAUUCCCGAAAGACAACCCCACGGAUACUCGGUUUGCGGUCAACUACUUCACCGCGAUCGGCAUGGGCAAGAUCACCGAACCUCUCCGAGAUCAUCUCAAAGCGGUCAACCUCGCCCAGCAGCAAGCUCUCGCCACGAAAGCGCGCAGUCCCUCCGUCUCCUCCGAAUCCGACCGCUCGUUCCGAAGCCCCUCCCGCACUCCACCCCGGCGCGGCCGUGGACGCAGCCCUUCCUCAGAACCCGGCCGCGGUCGCACCCGAUCUCGCACCUACAGCGACAGCCGCUCCCCUUCCCGAAGCAUCUCACGCUCGCAAACGCCGCCGCGGCGCCGCCGCCGGUACACCCCCAGCAUUUCCCGUUCCCGUUCUCGCUCUCGCUCUCCAUCUGCAUCGCGAUCGCGCAGCCCUCCCCGCCGACAUCGUCGAAGCCCGAGCUACUAUACCGAUGAUAGUCGAUCUCGCACACCACCGCGUCGCCGCACUGCGCGGAGGUAUACCAGCUCGCCUUCCCGCAGCCCUUCGCCUGCCCCGAGGAGACGAGCGCGUAGCCCGUCAUCGUCACCGAAUGGUGGAAGUAGGAGACGAGCGUCGUCACUGGCACGACGGGGAAGGAGGGCGUAUUCGAGCUCGAGGAGCCGCUCGCCGCCCAAGAGGGUGGGGAGGAGGAAUACGUCGAGUCCGGAGGGGGAUGGCAGGAGACCGAGUAGGGGCCGGACUGGGAGUCUGUCGCCGCCGCCGAGGAGGGGAAGAGGGAGAAGCGAUUCGGGGGGUUCGAGAGGUAGGCCGCCGCCGCCGCCGCCGAGGGAUAGGAGGCGUUGAAUUCAGGAGGAUUAAUAGCAGGAAUUUGAUUUGAGAGAAUGGACAUCGAGGGGGAUUCUCGAGGUUGGAGAUUGGAGUCUACGGUCAAACAAAAACGUUGCUUGCCUAUCUAUGGGUUGGGAUGAAGUUCGAAGAGGAAAAGGAGGCGUGGCAUUGCAGCGUUGAGAGGGAAAUUGACCUGGAAGUGAAGGAAAUUCCACAUGAAACGCGGUACCCAUCCAUCCAGAUUGUGUAUCAAUAACAUUUUACUAUUGAAUCGUUCAAGCGAAGCUCUAAUUACAUAGCGAUUUGCCACGGUUGCGUCGAAUGGGAAGAGAAUUGUUCAACCGAUCAUA